AUGGUACGAGUUAUCAUAAAAGGUGGUGUUUGGCGUAACACCGAAGAUGAAAUCCUCAAAGCGGCGAUAAUGAAAUAUGGCAAAAAUCAGUGGAGUCGAAUAGCGUCUCUGUUGCACCGCAAGUCAGCGAAACAAUGCAAAGCACGAUGGUAUGAAUGGUUAGAUCCAGGAAUCAAGAAGACCGAAUGGUCACAUGAAGAAGAUGAAAAAUUAUUGCAUCUUGCGAAGCUGAUGCCAACUCAAUGGCGAACAAUUGCGCCGAUUGUUGGUCGUACAGCAGCUCAGUGCCUUGAACGAUAUGAACAAUUACUUGAUGAGGCACAGAGAAAAUCUGAGUUGGCAGAUCAAAAUGAAGAAAUAAACGAAGCACGUAAACUAAAACCGGGCGAGAUUGAUCCAACGCCCGAAACGAAACCAGCUAGACCAGAUCCAAUUGAUAUGGAUGAAGAUGAGUUGGAAAUGCUAUCCGAAGCUCGUGCAAGACUGGCUAAUACUCAAGGCAAGAAGGCAAAGCGUAAAGCACGUGAAAAACAACUGUCCGAGGCACGGCGUCUAGCAUCGUUGCAGAAGCGUCGAGAAUUGCGCGCCGCCGGUAUAGCAUGGGGUUCUCAUAAGUUUCACAAACGGAACGCUACUCAUAUCGAUUAUAGUGCUGAAAUACCGUUUGAAAAGCCAAUCCCGGCUGGUUUCUACGAUCCAUCAGAAGACAAGUAUGAGAAGGACACAGGUUUCAAGAAGCAAACGAGGGCUGAAAUUGAAGGGCCCCGGAGAGAUGAUAUUGAAAAUGAGGAACGAAAAAAGGAUCGUGAGAAACUAAAGAAAAGAAAAACCGAUGAAAAUCCCGAAUCAAUUUUUGCGCAGAAGGUCGAGAAGAAACGUUCAAAACUAAUUUUGCCCACUCCACAAAUCUCUGACAGUGAAAUGGAACAAAUAGUGAAAAUUGGACAUGGCAAUGAUACAGUACGCGAACUCAGUGACAGUAAUCCGACGAGCACCCUUCUACACGAUUAUCAGCUCUCCACGAAAGACACGUCUCAUCUCGACCAAAGAACACCAACCGUUCAUGUUGACGUUCUCCAAAAGGAAGCUGAGAAUCUAUUGGCGUUACACAACGUACCAACACCACUGAAAGGCGGUGUCAAUACACCGUUACACGAUCUCAACUUACAGAGUGCGCUACCGCAAACCCGGCUUGUUGCCACACCAAACACACUCCUGUCCACGGUUGCAGCAACACCGAAAAGUGCUUUUGAGAGCACUACGCCUAGCACAACCGUUGAACCUGGAACGCCUGCAACUCCGUUUAGAGAUCAGCUGAAUAUAAACACGGCGCAGAGUGGUUAUGAAACUCGUAAUAAUUUACGAAAAGCAUUGAGCGAAUUACCACAACCCAAAAAUGAUUACGAAAUUGUUGUUCCGGAUGAGCAGCAAGAGAAAUGUGAACCAUUGACGGAUGAACAGGGCGACGAGGAAUGGGUUGAGGAUGCUAGUGAAGUCAAUGCCGAGCGAUUACGUCAGAAAGAAGUGGAGAAGAUACAGCAAUUGGCCAAAGAAACACAAGUUGUACAGAGAAAUCUGCCAAGACCGUCGCAAAUCAAUGAACAAAGUUUUAAAGCAGCAGCGAAUCGAAAUGAUCUUACACGAGCUGAUGAUCUUAUCAAAAUGGAGAUGUUGAGUUUAUUGAAGCAUGAUGUUGAUGGUGAGCCAAUCGAAGCAGUCGAUCAGGACGAUUUGAAAAUAGCCAAAAAACUCAUUGAAGCUGAAUUAAAGCCGGAAGAGAAAAGUGAAUUGAAUUCAAAUAUGUGGAACGUAAUUGAACAGUGCUCAUCGGAGUUGAUACUCACGCAGGGUAAUAAAUUCACUCGUCUUGGUGUACUUUCCAAAAGGGAUCAAGUUGAAGCACUAUCAGCAAAAUUCCAGUUAUAUCGUGAUUGGAUGAACGGAAGGGCGAAGAAGACUGCAAAAUUGGAGAAGAGACUAAAAGUAAAGCUAGCUGGUUAUCAGAGCAUUGAGAUGCAUUUGCGUAAGCGAAUCGAUGAAAUACGCACUGAAUUGGAGGCAUGCGAACGAGAAAUGAGAACGUUCCAGAAACUUGCCGAACACGAAGAAUUAGCAGCGAACAAACGAUUAGAUAAACUUAAUCAAGAAGUUAUUGCUCAGGAGAAACGAGAGAAGGAUUUGCAAACCCGUUAUGGAGAGCUUGUUCGCGAUAAGGUUGACAUAAGUGAGAAGUUGGUGCGUAAGGAUGCGACAGUUAGUGCUCAACCUGUACCAUACCAAUAA